CUAGUCGCUCUGUCCCUCGCUCUUCCUUGCUCGUUCCUCACUUGUGCCUUCGGUCGCUUGACAGGGUUGUCCCCUGUCUCGUAUCGCCAGUCGGGUAUCAGUUCGUUCCAUCCAGUGCACCACCACUAUCGUCCCUGUCCCCACGCGCCUCUGGCCUCCUCUACAUCCAGCAUCAACUUCUCUUCUUCAGUGGGCGUCUGACGACGACGCAAAAGGAAGACGGACAGCAUCAUGAGCGAAGAAAAGGUUUCUCUGGAGCGCUCCGCGGGCGAGAGCCCCGUCUACGAAGCCCAGCCUGAGCGGCGAGGGUUCGUAGGACGGGUGACAAAGUUUUAUGGCAAAUCCAUGACGCAGGUCGCUCUCAUUGGGUUUUGCUGCUUCCUUUGCCCGGGCAUGUUCAAUGCGCUGUCUGGUCUUGGCGGAGGUGGUCAAGUCGACGUGCAAGUCAAUUCGCGUGCGAACACUGCUCUGUACGCUUGCUUUGCGGGUGUCUCUUCGUUUGCUGGUACUAUCCACAACAAGCUGGGCACUCGUCUGACGCUUUUCAUCGGCGCCUGCGGAUACAGUCUCUACAUUGCUUCUUACAUCAGCUACAACCAUAACCAGAAUGCCGGUUUCGUCAUCGCCUCUGGCGCGAUUCUCGGUGUUUGCGCCUCUCUGUUCUGGACUGCUCAGGGUGCCGUCAUGCUUUCCUACCCUAUUGAGCAAGACAAGGGCACGUCUUUCGCCAUCGUCUGGAUCAUCUUCAACCUCGGGGCCGUAAUCGGAAGCGCUAUCGAGCUUGGCCUUACUUAUGAUUCCGAGAGCCAAUCGCUGAGCGAUGCGCCUUACAUCGUCUUUAUGAUUCUCUCUUUCCUUGGUGCCUGCUGCGCUGCUCUGCUCAAGAAGCCUUCGACCGUCAUCCGGAGCGAUGGAACGCGCGUCUACGUACCUGCCCAAACGACGUGGAAGGCAGAGUUUGUCGGUCUCUACCGUCUGCUGAGAACGGAUCCGUGGAUCCUCCUCAUGUUCCCUCUCUUCUUCGGUUCCAAUUUUUUUAACAGCUGGCAGCAGAACUGCUUCAACCCCACCGUCUUCACCUUGCGAACGCGCGCGCUCAACUCGCUCAUCUACUGGUUUGCCCAGAUGGUCGCCGCCUACCUCUUUUCGUUUGUCCUCGACAGCAAGCUAAUCUCGAGACGUUCGAGGAUGAUGUUGGGAUGGGCGGUCGUCUUUUGCUUCAUGUGGGCCGUUUGGGGUGGCUCCUACGCUGAGCAGCUGACUUUCAGCCGCGGCUCGCCCCCCGUGCCGCUCGUCGACCUCAGCCAUUCGCGACGCUAUGCCGGGCCCGGUCUCCUCUUUGCCUUUUCUGGUUUCUUCGACGCCCUCUGGCAAGCAUUUGCGUACUCGCUUAUGGGCGCCAUCUCUAACGACAUGUCCAAGCUGGCCUUCUUGGCCGGCUUCUACAAGUCGAUCCAGUCAGCCGGAGGUGCGGCCGGAUUCGCAAUGGACUCUGCCAAGCUGCCCUUUAUGAACAUUCUGGGUGCCACCUGGGGCACCUUGGCUGCCGCCAUGUUCAUCGUCAUUCCCGUGCUCCUGUAUCGUGUCACCGACACGACAUCGCCUCUUAGCGAGAUCACAGUGCCCGGCCGCGAGGAAGAGGUCAAGAAGGCGACAGAGGAAGCCAUUGAGAGGACCGGAGUGGUGCCUGAGCAGCUCAAGCACAUGGACACGCAAGCCUAGGAAAACUUCUUUACAGUUGCGCCCUGCAUUCGCUUGCUGUACAAUAGGAGUAGUAACGGUGGUGGUCGUGGAGGAGGAGGGAGUGCAGUUCAGUAGCAGCAAAGUGUCUUUGUCAAUGAACAACUUUACGAGCGACAUGUUGCUCAGAUGGACAGUCUCAUUGAACAAGAAGAUCUCUCGCUCAUCGCCAAAGCCAUGCACCCACACCUGCUGCAAGAGCUCACCAGACAUGUCAUUCCAUCACAUUGAGCGUAUCACUGGCCUCCUCAUCAAUGCGCUUUCUGCCUGUAUCGCUCGAAAAAAUUGUCUC